UAAUCUGGCAAAGACUUCACGAACAUGUAAUGCGAAGUUCGAAGAAGUUUGUACUUCUCUGAAAUACUGCAAGGACUUUGUGGCGCACGUUUCAUGGUUUCGAGGGCGGUGUUUUCGUUUUUCAAACCAGAGUUGCAAAAAAGCUGCGUGUACGCGGGUACCACCCGAAGGAAGGUUUGCUUUGAAUGAGGUUUCAUCACGUGCAUGUACCAAAAAAACAAAUAUUUCUUUAUAAUGGUAGCCAUUUGACUCAGUGACGUAACAACAUUUUGAGGAAGGUUUUCAAAACUUGAAAUCCUACCGGAGGAAGGUUGAACUCUUUUUUCAAACACAAGAAAAAACUUUCGGAUCCUGAAAGGAAAUUGUGAAUUGGAAAGCUAACGAUUGUACACGCUGUGUUACACGCUGUUCAAAAUCACACGAGAAAGCGAUCUUUAUUAAUAAUAAAAAUUGAAAAGUGAUGCCGGGUGUAGUUUUAAAUGUAACGUUGAAAGAAAGUAAUAUAUGCAAACACUAGCUAACAGCAGAGGACGUGACGACGUGGUAUAUAAGAGGCUGGAGAGCUGUUCAAAGUUAAUAAAAACAGUUCUAAUAUUGUUCUAUAUUAUGAAAUUUCCAAUAUGGAAACUCAAUAGACCAAUAGAAACGGUCGGUUGUGAAAUUGUAAUUAUACAAGUACAUAUAUAAAUUAAAUUUGCAAUAAACCACAUAUAGUUUUUAUAUUUGUUUAUAACUUCAUACAUUUUUCGUAAAUGUUGUUUAUUAAAAGAUGGCUUCAUUUGUGACACAAAAUGUUACGAACAGUUCAAACCAAAUCGAUGAAAGAUAUUUUGCAUUACUUGCCCACGAUAAGGCAAUCUAUAUAACAGUUUGUGUGAUUCAAUUCCUACUUGGUUCUUCACUAAACAUUUCUGUUAUCUUCGUAUUUCGUCGAAAUUGUCACCUUCUCGACAUCCCGGCCAAUCUUAUUCUUCUCAAUAUGUCGAUUAUGGAUUUCGUCUCAUGUUUCAUACUUUUGCCUUGUGAAAUGUGCGUUACUCUUGUUGGAGAAAACAGUCGUGGUGAAAUGUGGAAAAUUCCUUAUUUUUCUUUAUUUUUUACAUUAAAUGUCAGCAUUCAUGGAGCUAUUUUAAUGAGCGUGGACAGACUACUGGCGAUCAUUUAUCCUCUUCGCUAUCACGCCAUUGUAACGGUCUCGCGAACUCGUUUGAUUCUCGCGCUUAACUGGUUUGUUUCAUUUCUGCUUGCAAUAUUGUACUACACACAGUAUUUGAUAGCGGCGAAUAACACAUCAUUUGAGUAUAUAUUGUCAACAAGAGAUUUACUUGGCUUCGCUGUCAUUUGUGUAUCGUACGGCACCAUCUCUCGUAUUGCAGGAAAGCAAGUUCGUAGAAUAGCUGUUGACGAUGGAAAGACGACUUCGAAAUAUUGUAGUUUGGUUUGUAAACGAUCUCUGAAAUCAGCUAAGAAAAGUGGAGCAGUUGUAUUCUUCUUUCUACUUACUUGUUUACCAUAUCCUUUGAUAGAAACCUUUUCCCACUUUUCCAGUAAUAAAUACAACAAUAAGACCCUUUUCUGGUCGUAUACUCUGCUAUUUUGGCAAUCUGUUUGCAACCCGGUGCUGUUUUGCGUGUUUUCCGAGAAACUGAGAAGGAUCGCACGGAAGACAUUGUGCUAUCCAUGUUAAAGAACCUAAUGAAUCUCAGAAUUAUCCUUCGUGUAAUUGUUACCAAUUUGGUCGACUGGAGGGAUUUGGGAACACAGAAAUACUUCGCGCAUCGACUGUUUCGUUAUAAUAAGAUGCAAACCAGCGAGAAAUAAUUAUAUCAGAAAUGUUUCGUGUCAACUUUGUCCCACUUGUCAACCUUCUCAAUAUAUAUAUCAAGGAUUCGGAAAUAUUAUGAAGUUAAUAUAGAUAUAGAUAUAGAUAAAAAGUCGAUUGGUAGCCUGUAAUUAAAAUAAAUAAAAUUAAAGUAUAUUUCAAGCAAGGAUUCUUUGAAAUUUUGCAUGGUGCAUGAAUUAAAAACGUAUAGAUCAAUUUGUUGAAAUGCCACGUGUAUUGUAAUUGUUAUAUGCAGAGCUUUGAUCUGUUAACCCUGACCGUAGUUGCGCUGAUGAAGCCUACAAAUGGGUGUUUCUCUCAAUUUUUCUGGUCAUACCUGGGUCACACACGUCACCAUUACUGUUUCUUCAGGCUUCAUUGCAUGUAACAAAAUAGAAUAACAUUGUCACGUGUGUGAUCAGAGAAUCACCCUAAUGAUGAUCUAAGGAAAUGUUUUGUUCAAAAUGUUACU